AAAUGAAGUAUUAGAUUAAGAUAAUGAUACUUCAUAUUUAUGAUCAGUUCAUAAAAAAAGAGAAGUUUAACAAGCUGAAAUUGAAUUUAUUGAAGCCAUAAAAAUUUAAAAAGUGGAUAUAUAGGAUGAUGAUGAUGAUGAACAAAAAGAUAGAGAUUUUAAUGAUUUAUUAAAUAAACAAAAAAUAAAAGUUAUUAGGUCUUAAUGUAAAAUAUUAAAUUAAUAAAGAAUUACUUUAAUCUUUAAAUAAGAUAUAAUAAUAAUCUAAGCUUAAAUGA